AUGACUUCGGCAGAUAAGGACUUUGCAGAAGACAGCAACUUUUCGCCAAAAGCCAGCACCAGCAAGCUGCCAACAGAUGCAUCUCCUGACUCUAAAUGCCCCAUCUGCUUGGAUAGAUUUGACAAUGUUGCGUAUCUGGAUCGCUGCUUGCAUAGGUUCUGUUUCUGUUGUGUCCAGGAGUGGUCAAAAAACAAAGCAGAAUGCCCCCUCUGCAAGCAACCCUUUUCUUCCAUUUUCCAUACAAUUCGUGCUGAAGAUGACUUUAAGGAGUACAUACUCAACCCUUCAGAAAAUAGGUCUUUUGCCAGCCCCGAUGGCCAGAGGUUUCGUUACCGUACCACCUUAACAAGGACACGCCGUGCUGGCAAUUCCCCUUCCCGAAGGACGCUGUCCCCUCCGGAUAAUGGGAUAUUGUUUGAAGGGUUGUCGAGUGAACCGGUGCAGCAGAGAGAUGGAGAGAUUCAGCAGAUGAUAAGGAGGCUGGCCUCAAGGAGGCAGGCUAGUGCAGAGGGCAGAUCUCUGCGGCAGAUUCAGGAGGAGGACAUGAUCAACUUCCGCAGAGCUCUGUACCGUACCGGUGUGCGUAUUCGCAGUAUUCAGGAUGGUGGCCGCUAUCGAGACAUUUCAGCAGAGUUUUUCCGCCGCAACCCUGCUUGCCUCCACAGGUUGGUUCCUUGGUUGAAGCGAGAACUUACAGUCUUGUUUGGUGCCCACGGGUCUUUGGUUAAUAUCGUACAGCACAUUAUCAUGAGUAAUGUGACGAGGUAUGAUCUGGAAAGUGAAGCCUUUGCUGAAGAUUUAAAGCCAUUUUUGCUGAAUCGGACUGAACACUUCUUACAUGAAUUCAUCAGUUUUGCCCGUUGUCCUUUUAACUUAGAAGCGUACGAUCAACAUGCCAAUUAUGACUGCCCUGCACCAUCAUAUGAUGAAGGAAGCCACUCAGACUUGUCAAUUAUUACAAUAUCUCCAGAUACGGCAUAUUCUCAAGGACCAGAUAACAGUUUGUCUGUGACUGGUCUUGGUCAGGCCCCCUGGGAUGAUGAAACUCCGGGGCCUUCCUAUUCCAUUUCAGAAGAUGUUCGUACAACCAUAGCUUCUCCUCUAGAGACGUCAGGAAGUUCUGAUGAGGACUCUGCUACGAAGAGUCGAAGAACCAAACUGCAAACUCAGUUACAGGCUAAUGCUGACUCAAACAACAGUGACUCUUCCUCGGACAAUUGUGUUAUUGUUGGGUACGUUAAACCGUUAGCUGAGAGGACACCAGAAGUGGUUGAGCUGUCCUCGGACUCUGAGGAGUCCAUCAGGGAAGAGAAAAGGGAAGACGUGAAGAAACAGCAGCCAAUCCAGUGUUGCAGCUGGAGUGAUAGUGAACCAAGCAGGAGUUUCUCACCACGUUCCCCCACGUAUAAGGAGGAUGUAGGUAGUUCUAGAAGUUGCUUAUCUCCUGCAGGUGAGAAGACAGAGUCAAAAGACAAUGAAAAGACCAAAUAUAAGGUAGAAGAUCUGAAUCUACAGGACUUGAGCUGGAGCCCCUCUCUGGAGAGUGACACAGUAAGCUCCCCUUGGAAUCACAGAUUGUCUAGAAAGCGAAAGUCCAGAAGCCCACAGUCGCGUUCACGGAAAAGUCGAAGUAGUCAUGGCCAUCAGUCUAGGAGGGAGCAUCGUAGAAGAAGCCAACUGAAAAGGAGGCGUUCGAGAAGCAGAGAUAGCAGCAAACACAGGAGCAAAAGAAGCAGCAGAAGGUCGAGGAUUCAUGACACCAAAGUCUCUCUGAAAAGCCAGAGAGGCUCUCUAAGUCGUGACAGCACUCCAUCCAGAGGAGUAAGCAGAUCACGAUCACGUAGCAAAGGCCACAGUAAAAGGAGAUCGAGAAGCAGAGACAGUGAUCGUUACUAUGUAAGAGACAAUUAUCAAAGUAGGUACCACUGGGGUUAUGCUUUCUGUAGCCGAAAUGCGCUUGGAGAUGGCUAUGAAUCCUCCAGCAGGAGGACUCAGUCUAAUGCUCACUAUUCAAGGCAAUCUGCUAGUCCAGAAUACAGGAUACAAUCAUUUGUUGAAAGGACAGAUCUGCGUAGCCAGAGAGGACUCCAUGAGAGACACUAUUACUGUUACGAAAGAUGCAGGUCGAGGAGUCAGUCAAGCAACAGGCCAAGGACCCCUUCUGCAGGGACUGACAGAAUGAAAAGUGAAAAGCCUGGUGGAAAAAGGAAGUACAAAACUCGCCACUUGGAGAAUACAUUCAUGGAGAGCACAAGUCCAGAAAGAGAAAAUAACCCCAAGAAAACUUUCUCAAAACUCAGUGACUGCUACAGAAAUGAAGACAGCCUUUCAGACAAUCGAGCAAGCAGUGAGACAAAGCGUAAGAAGAAGAAAAAAAAGAUGAGGAGUCCAAGUGUGGAGAUAGUCUACGAAGGAAAAGCAACAGACACAACAAGGCAUCUUAAAAAGAAAAAGAAAAAGCAUAAGAAGAAACACCGGAAACAUCACGAGAGUAACUCGGCACGUUCUUCUCCAGUGGUGAUUACAAUUGAUAGUGACAGUAGCAAGGAGCCAGAAAGUACCGAAUGCGACAGCAGUAUCACCUGGACAGGCACAACUCAGAUAAACGAGAGGGAAUAUGAACCUCCGUCUUCUUUACUGGAAAAGGCAGGAUGUGGAGAUGUUUACAGAGCUGGUGAGAAAACUGAAGGAGCAGCCAAAAAGUACAGUGUUCCUACCAGAAGGGGAGACUUAGAUGGUGACGUUAGAAAUGUUAACAUUGAACUUCGAGAAACAGCAGCUGAUCAGAGUCUUACCAGCAGUAACACCUGUCCCACAGAAACCGUAACCAGCUACGUUCAAGAAACACCAGCAAUGCCUUCCAGUCAACUGCCUUCUCCCAGGAUUUCCUUCCUAGAGAGUCCAGAGAGACAACCGUUGAUACUAAGACUGCCAAAGGGACUUGUCAGCAGAUCCUCUUGGUUUGAUUUCCCAGAAGAAAAAAUGUAG